AUGACAACAGCUGGCAGCAUCGCGGCUCGAUCAUUUGGUGGCUGCGAUACAUGUCGCAGUCGAAGGGUUAAGUGUGAUGAGACGAGACCCACCUGCCUCCUAUGCUCGACCACUGGCUUGACCUGCCGGGGGUAUGGGAAGAACAUCUUCUUCACGCCUGGAGCUGAUGGGAGCGAACUCGAUGGGGAAGACUUCCGCUUCCGGCGGUUGUUGUUCACUGAGGCUGAGCGCCAGGAAAUGAGCCAAUGGCUCACCUCAAGCGUGUCGCCAUCCUCGGUGAGCAAGCAGCUAUCAGCUCUGGACGAACAAUGCGAGAACGUCUCCCCAGACCAGAGCAUGGACGUUCAGCAUGGGCCCUUUGGAGUCUUCAGGGGGCCAAAGAUUGCCGAGACUCGGUUUGGCUCUGCAGAUUCUGUAGGCGAGCUCGACUGGUGCCGCGAUAUCAGGUUACCGGAUCAUGAUAACGAAGAUGAUAAUGUCCAGCAGUCCAUGGAUCAGGGCGACGCGCAAAGUUGCCAAUGGUCACCUUCAUUGAUUGCUGCCAUCCUUGAUGACCCCUUGCAAUUCUCGUCGCCUACUGAGCCAGGCCAUAUCAAUAUGGCCUCUGCGAUGGACAAUACCGAUGCCAUUGCCGCUACAGAAUGCGAAGCCCCCGCCAUGUUGGGCCUCUCGGAAACGGCACUGUGUCUGACCGAGGGCGCCACUCUGGAAUCCCCAUCUUCGAUUACGAGCGAUAACUACUUGGGCUAUAUGCUCAAUCCCGACUUAGGCACGAUCGAAAAACCGAGUCACAUGUCCGUUGCACCGACCGUCUCCAUGCCCGGCGACGCCGUAUUCCUCCUCAAGCACUAUGUCUCAAGCGUUGUCAAUUUUGUCACGCCCUUUGGGCAUGCAAAGACCCCAUGGCACACCUUGUUCAUCCCACACGUGAAAACCUGUUUGGCAGCACUAACCAUGGGCGAGCACCUGAGCCACGCGAGCUCCGCCGUCUUCUUUGGUACCCUGGCCAUCAGUGCUUCGAGUCUCGGUAGAAAGAUGCAAUCGCAUUCCUCCAUGUGGCUCGAGCGGUCCAAGUUCUAUGAGCGGCAGGCUCGCGAACACUGUCGAGCUACACUGGCAAGCGCCUAUCAUGUACCAAAAGUGGCCAAGUACAAGACGAUUCUUAUGGCGCUCUUGACCCUAGUCCAUUUGUACACUGUCACUGGGCGGCGGGCCUGCGUUGAUUUCUACUUUGUGGAGGCAGAAAAGUUUAUUCGUUUAAAAGGCCUCAGCCGGAAAAAGUCACGCAAAGUACGCCUUCUCCACCACUGCUACGUAUUUCAACGGCUAUUCUACGAGAGUCUAUGCAUCGGAAAGACAAGCUCGCAUCGAAAAGAAGUACAAAACGCGAUAGAGUCUAGUGAACUCAUCAUAUACAGCCAAGAUAGUCCUUCGUUCAAGGCCUUGUCCAAUUGGCACGACCCAACCCAGCAGACACUAUACAUCAAGACACAAGAGGAGGGAGAAAAUGAUCUUCACUUGGAACAUCCUGGUGUUUGGCCGGCGACACUAUAUCCAGAGAUCUACGGUAUACCAGAAGGAUUGAUCUAUUUUCUGUCCUGCACUAUUCGCCUUGGCAAAGAGAAGGAUGCUAUGGAUCAGGGCCACGGUUCUUCAAGCAUCAACAUGUCCGAGUUUUUCAAGCGUGCAAGAACCCUGGAGCGGUGCAUCAAGCAAUUUCCUGACUGGACCUCGGAAAUGCGAGUUUCGGAAGCCGACUUUCCAGGCGACGAGAAGCUUGCCAACAUGAUCAUCGCCGUCCGCAACGCACUAGCCAUCUACUUUUAUCGAAGGAUCUAUGAUAUUGACGCCGAGCUUCUCCAGUCCAAAGUGCUUCGGGUGCUCAAUGCUCUGCGCCAAGUGGACUGCACAGGUUCAGACGGUCCGACGGGAUCCCUGAGCCUCGUAUGGCCGGGGUUUAUCGCAGCUUGCGAGGCCGAGAGUCCUCCUGUUCAGCAGGCAUUUUCGGAAUGGUUUGAAAAUUGUGCGCAUAAUAGUGGCUUGGAUACGUUCUCCAUCACCAUUCGCACGAUAAGAGAAGUCUGGGUUGCGAAAUCUUCCCUCAGUGACACGGGUGCCUCUUGGAUUGAUUUGGCCAAGGGCAAAACGUACGCUGGAUUGCACAACCUCCCACUAUGA